CCAGAACCAUGUGAGGGCCAACCGAGGAAGGUGGAGUAGAUGAGCACACAGGGGAGCCUGCUCCUCACCCCCGCAUCCCUCAGGAUGGAACAGAGGCGACUCUGCACCCGGGCCCUGGAGGUUGACAGCCAAUCUGUGGUCCUGCUCUUGGUGGUCUGGGUGCUGCUGGCCUCUCCGGCAGCUAGCAUGCCUCAGUUUAGCACCUUCCACUCUGAGACCCGUGACUGGACCUUCAAUCACUUGACUGUCCACCAAGGGACAGGGGCCGUCUAUGUGGGGGCCAUCAACCGGGUCUAUAAGCUGACGGGCAACCUGACUAUUCAGGUGGCUCAUAAGACAGGGCCAGAGGAGGACAACAAGUCUUGUUACCCACCCCUCAUCGUGCAGCCCUGCAGUGAGGUGCUCACCCUCACCAACAACGUCAACAAGCUGCUGAUCAUCGACUACUCUGAGAACCGCCUGCUGGCCUGUGGGAGCCUCUACCAGGGUGUCUGCAAGCUGCUGCGACUGGAUGACCUCUUCAUCCUGGUUGAGCCAUCCCACAAGAAGGAGCACUACCUUUCCAGUGUCAACAAGACAGGAACAAUGUAUGGGGUGAUUGUGCGCUCUGAGGGCGAGGAUGGCAAGCUCUUCAUUGGUACUGCCGUGGAUGGGAAGCAGGAUUACUUCCCAACUCUGUCCAGUCGGAAGCUGCCCCGAGACCCUGAGUCUUCAGCCAUGCUUGACUAUGAGCUACACAGCGACUUUGUCUCCUCUCUCAUCAAGAUCCCCUCGGACACUCUGGCCCUAGUCUCCCAUUUUGAUAUUUUCUACAUCUAUGGCUUUGCCAGUGGGGGUUUUGUCUAUUUUCUCACUGUCCAGCCCGAGACUCCCGAGGGUGUGGCCAUCAACUCUGCUGGAGACCUCUUCUACACCUCACGCAUCGUGCGCCUCUGCAAGGAUGACCCCAAGUUCCACUCUUAUGUGUCCCUACCCUUUGGCUGCACCCGGGCUGGGGUGGAAUACCGCCUCCUGCAGGCUGCGUACCUAGCCAAACCUGGGGACUCUCUGGCACAGGCCUUCAAUAUCAGCAGCCAGGAUGAUGUGCUUUUCGCCAUCUUCUCCAAAGGACAGAAGCAAUAUCACCACCCGCCCGAUGACUCUGCCCUAUGUGCCUUCCCCAUCCGGGCCAUCAACUUGCAGAUCAAGGAGCGCCUGCAGUCCUGCUACCAGGGUGAAGGCAACCUGGAGCUCAACUGGCUGCUGGGGAAGGAUGUCCAGUGCACCAAGGCGCCUGUCCCCAUCGAUGAUAAUUUCUGUGGACUGGACAUCAACCAGCCUCUUGGAGGCUCAACUCCUGUGGAGGGCCUGACCCUCUAUACCACCAGCCGGGAUCGCAUGACCUCUGUAGCCUCCUACGUUUACAACGGCUACAGUGUGGUUUUUGUGGGGACUAAGAGCGGCAAGCUGAAAAAGAUUCGGGCCGAUGGUCCCCCUCAUGGUGGGGUCCAGUACGAGAUGGUCUCUGUGCUCAAAGACGGGAGUCCCAUCCUCCGGGAUAUGGCCUUCUCCAUUGAUCAGCGCUACCUGUAUGUUAUGUCUGAGAGACAGGUCACCAGGGUUCCCGUGGAGUCAUGUGAACAGUACACGACUUGUGGAGAGUGCCUGAGCUCAGGGGACCCUCACUGCGGCUGGUGUGCCCUGCACAACAUGUGCUCCCGCCGGGACAAGUGCCAACGGGCCUGGGAACCUAAUCGAUUUGCAGCCAGCAUCAGCCAGUGCAUGAGCCUCGCAGUGCAUCCCAGCAGCAUCUCAGUGUCUGAGCACAGCCGGUUGCUCAGCCUGGUUGUGAGUGAUGCUCCUGAUCUGUCUGCGGGCAUCGCCUGUGCCUUUGGGAACCUAACAGAGGUAGAGGGGCAGGUGUCUGGGAGCCAGGUCAUCUGCAUCUCUCCUGGGCCCAAGGAUGUUCCUGUCAUCCCUCUGGAUCAAGACUGGUUUGGGCUUGAACUGCAACUGAGAUCCAAGGAGACAGGGAAGAUAUUUGUCAGCACCGAGUUCAAGUUUUAUAACUGCAGUGCCCACCAAUUGUGCCUGUCCUGUGUCAACAGCGCCUUCCGCUGCCACUGGUGCAAGUACCGCAACCUCUGCACUCAUGACCCCACCACUUGCUCCUUCCAGGAAGGCCGGAUCAAUAUCUCAGAGGACUGUCCCCAGCUGGUGCCCACGGAGGAGAUCCUGAUUCCAGUCGGGGAAGUAAAACCAAUCACCCUUAAGGCUCGAAACCUGCCCCAGCCACAGUCCGGCCAGCGAGGCUAUGAGUGCGUCCUCAAUAUCCAGGGGGCCGUCCACCGAGUCCCUGCCCUGCGCUUCAACAGCUCCAGCGUUCAGUGCCAGAACAGCUCGUACCAGUAUGAUGGGAUGGAUAUCAGCAACCUAGCCGUGGACUUUGCCGUGGUGUGGAAUGGCAAUUUCAUCAUUGACAACCCCCAGGACCUGAAAGUCCAUCUCUACAAGUGUGCAGCCCAACGGGAGAGCUGUGGCCUCUGCCUUAAGGCCGACCGGAAGUUCGAGUGCGGCUGGUGCAGCGGUGAGCGCAGGUGCACACUUCAACAGCACUGUACCAGCCCCUCCAGCCCCUGGCUUGACUGGUCCAGCCACAAUGUCAAGUGCUCCAAUCCCCAAAUCACUGAGAUUUUGACGGUGUCCGGACCGCCUGAAGGAGGGACUCGAGUGACCAUCCAUGGUGUGAACCUGGGUCUGGAUUUCUCUGAGAUCGCCCACCACGUGCAGGUGGCUGGGGUGCCCUGCACACCCCUUCCAGGGGAAUACAUCAUCGCUGAGCAGAUUGUAUGCGAGAUGGGCCAUGCCCUCGUAGGAACCACCUCUGGACCCGUGCGCCUGUGCAUUGGCGAGUGCAAGCCAGAGUUCAUGACCAAGUCCCAUCAGCAGUAUACCUUUGUGAAUCCUUCUGUGCUGUCACUCAACCCUAUCCGAGGGCCAGAGUCGGGAGGCACCAUGGUGACCAUCACGGGACAUUACCUUGGGGCUGGGAGCAGCGUGGCAGUAUACCUGGGCAACCAGACCUGCGAGUUCUAUGGGAGGUCAAUGAAUGAGAUCAUGUGUGUCUCCCCCCCGUCAUCCAAUGGUCUGGGACCAGUCCCCGUUUCUGUGAGUGUCGACCGAGCCCGUGUAGAUAACAGCCUGCAGUUCGAGUACAUAGAUGAUCCUCGGGUCCAGCACAUUGAGCCAGAGUGGAGCAUUGCCAGCGGCCACACACCCCUGACCAUCACAGGCUUCAACCUGGAUGUCAUUCAGGAGCCAAGGAUCCGAGUCAAGUUUAAUGGCAAAGAGUCUGUCAAUGUGUGUAAAGUUGUGAACACAACCACCUUGACCUGCCUGGCACCCUCUCUGACCACGGACUACCGGCCCGGCCUGGACACUGUGGAACGUCCAGAUGAAUUCGGAUUUGUCUUUAACAAUGUCCAAUCCUUGCUGAUUUACAAUGACACCAAGUUCAUCUACUACCCCAACCCAACCUUUGAACUGCUCAGCCCCACUGGAGUCUUGGAUCAAAAACCAGGAUCGCCCAUCAUUCUGAAGGGGAAAAACCUCUGCCCUCCUGCCUCUGGAGGAGCUAAACUCAACUACACGGUGCUGAUUGGAGAAACCCCUUGCGCUGUCACCGUAUCUGAGACUCAGCUCCUCUGCGAGCCUCCCAACCUCACAGGGCAGCACAAGGUCAUGGUUCACGUGGGCGGGAUGGUGUUCUCGCCUGGCUCGGUGAGUGUCAUCUCAGACAGCUUGCUGACCCUGCCAGCCAUCGUCAGCAUCGCAGCUGGUGGCAGCCUCCUCCUUAUCAUCGUCAUCAUCGUCCUCAUUGCCUAUAAGCGCAAGUCUCGAGAGAACGACCUCACUCUCAAGCGGUUGCAAAUGCAGAUGGACAACCUGGAGUCCCGUGUAGCCCUGGAGUGCAAAGAAGCAUUUGCUGAGCUCCAGACGGACAUCAAUGAGCUGACCAGCGACCUGGACCGCUCAGGAAUCCCCUACCUGGACUAUCGUACCUACGCCAUGCGAGUCCUGUUCCCAGGCAUCGAGGACCACCCUGUCUUGCGGGAGCUGGAGGUGCAGGGAAACGGGCAGCAGCACGUGGAGAAGGCCCUGAAGCUCUUUGCCCAGCUCAUCAACAACAAGGUGUUCCUGCUGACCUUCAUUCGCACGCUGGAGCUGCAGCGCAGCUUCUCCAUGCGCGACCGUGGCAACGUGGCUUCGCUUAUCAUGACCGGCCUGCAGGGCCGCCUGGAAUACGCCACCGAUGUCCUCAAGCAGCUGCUCUCGGACCUCAUCGACAAGAACCUGGAGAACAAGAACCACCCCAAGCUACUUCUUCGGAGGACAGAGUCUGUAGCUGAGAAGAUGCUGACCAAUUGGUUCGCCUUCCUCCUGCACAAAUUCCUAAAGGAGUGUGCUGGGGAGCCGCUCUUCAUGCUAUACUGUGCCAUCAAGCAGCAGAUGGAGAAGGGCCCCAUCGACGCCAUCACAGGCGAGGCCCGCUACUCCCUGAGUGAGGACAAGCUCAUCCGGCAGCAGAUUGAGUACAAGACCCUGAUUCUGAACUGUGUUAACCCUGACAACGAAAACAGUCCGGAGAUCCCUGUGAAGGUGUUAAACUGUGACACCAUCACACAGGUCAAGGAGAAGAUCCUUGAUGCCGUGUAUAAGAAUGUGCCCUAUUCCCAGCGACCAAGGGCAGUUGACAUGGACUUGGAAUGGCGCCAAGGCCGGAUCGCCCGGGUCGUGCUGCAAGAUGAGGACAUCACCACCAAGAUCGAGGGUGACUGGAAGCGGCUCAACACGCUGAUGCAUUAUCAGGUGUCUGACAGGUCAGUGGUGGCUCUAGUCCCCAAACAGACGUCUUCCUACAACAUCCCUGCCUCUGCCAGCAUCUCUCGGACGUCUAUCAGCAGAUACGACUCUUCCUUCAGGUACACAGGCAGUCCCGACAGCCUGCGGUCCCGGGCCCCCAUGAUCACCCCAGACCUGGAGAGUGGGGUCAAGGUGUGGCAUCUAGUGAAGAACCAUGACCACGGUGACCAGAAAGAGGGUGACCGGGGCAGCAAGAUGGUGUCCGAGAUCUACCUGACCCGGCUACUGGCCACCAAGGGCACUCUGCAGAAGUUCGUGGAUGACUUGUUCGAGACCUUGUUCAGCACUGUGCACCGGGGGAGUGCUCUCCCCCUGGCCAUCAAGUACAUGUUUGAUUUCCUGGAUGAGCAGGCAGACAGACACAGCAUCCAUGACACAGAUGUGCGGCACACCUGGAAAAGCAACUGCCUCCCUCUGCGCUUCUGGGUGAAUGUGAUCAAGAACCCCCAGUUUGUAUUUGACAUCCACAAGGGCAGCAUCACGGACGCCUGCCUCUCUGUGGUGGCCCAGACUUUCAUGGACUCUUGUUCAACAUCAGAGCACCGACUGGGCAAGGACUCCCCCUCCAACAAGCUGCUCUAUGCCAAGGACAUCCCCAGCUACAAAAGCUGGGUAGAGAGAUACUACGCAGACAUUGCCAAACUCCCGGCAAUCAGUGACCAGGACAUGAACGCCUACCUCGCCGAGCAGUCCCGCCUGCACGCUGUGGAGUUCAACAUGCUGAGUGCCCUCAAUGAGAUCUACUCCUACGUGAGCAAGUAUAGUGAGGAGCUCAUCGGGGCCCUAGAGCAGGAUGAGCAGGCACGACGGCAGCGACUGGCUUAUAAGGUGGAACAGCUCAUUAAUGCCAUGUCCAUUGAGAGCUGAGAGGAGGAGUUUCGUGUUCCUGGGAAAAGGGACCCAUCAAAGCUGUCACACUGGGAGUCUCAGAAGGAAGGACAAGUGAAGGGGAUCAGGCCCCAGAGCUUGCUGUCCCCCAAGACCCCAUCUGGGGAGAGGAGAAGGCCCCUCCCACAUGCCAGCCAAGUUUCGUCAUAGUCAGUUCCUGCUGGGGAAAGACCAUGGUCUUCAUCCAUCUACAGCAAGAACAAGAGAGGACCCGGGCCAAGAGAAGGUGGUUCUUCAAGCUGAGAGGCACGAGCUGGGGACAGUUCUGCCUCUGUGACUGCUGCUUUGCAUGAAAACUCAUUUGAUGUAUAUUGGGGAAAUAAUGAGAACUUUAUUUAAUUUUUUUUAAGAAAAAGGAAAAAAAACAGAAAUAAAACAAAAAGCCGCCCUGUUAAGCCCAUCCAACUUUUGUUUAAUUCUGAUUUCUGUCUCCCUUCCUUCUUCCCCACAUCCCUCCUUCCUCAUAUAACUCUUGCUUCCAAAUGCCAGAAAAAGCCUAUGAAGAGAUGCUGAGAAAAACUGGAAGGGAAAUGACUGUCUUCUUUUCCUUGAAAUUAAAAAAAAGAAAGGAAGAGAAGAAGAAUGAGCACAAGUUCACAACAAACACUUCACAAAAACAGAGGCCAGUAAAACCUGGAAUUAUCCCAGCAGCCAGAACGGUAUGGACCUACAGAACUUUGCACAGAUUGCAAAACCAUCGAGCAGCUCCACUUGGCUGACUGGAAACAGCUUUACAUACCCACACUUGUAUAUUCUCAUCUCUUGAGAGGAGAUAAUGUACCUAGAUCGUACCAAUGCUUUUUGCUACUGUUUUUGUUUGUUUUGCUUUAUUUAAUUCCAAACCUCAACAAGUGAGGAGCUGGUCUUUGGUACUUUUUCAUUCAAUUUCCCUAAAGUUACUAUCAGAAGUAGGGUGCAGUGGGUCUUUCCCAGACCAGACACCUGGCCUCCGAAGGACGUUGGGCAGCUCUGCCUCAUAUCCAUCCUUGUCAUAAACCAGGCACCCUGGGGAAACAGCCUGGAGGUGUGUGGGCCAGGCCUCUAAGAGGUUCCAUUUGGGAGCUGAUUUGGGGACAUGGGUGUUUGGCUUCAGAGUCCACUCCAAUCAUCCAGUGGUUUCUGGCAUUUAAAAAGAAAGCAAAACUCAAAUACUGUUUACAGCAAGCAAUACUUGAAGAGUGUAGGUUAAAGAAGCCACAGUAUUUAUUAUUAUGCUUUCUUUCUUUUAUUCUCUUGUGCCUGGAGAGGGGAGAUAACCCUUCACUCAUAUCUGGAAGCUCCUGACUGUCUGGGCCUACAGUACUUCUUCAGUAGAAAUGACUGUGGCACACCCACAUUACUGCCUUCUGCCUCUUUUUCGGCCUUUUAUGGACUUGUAGGUUUGAAGGACAAGUGGAUGGUUUCUCACUGGACUCCUUUCCUUCUCUCUCUCUCUCUCUCUCUCUUCUGAUGACAUCUGAAACUGUGGAUAACCAACUCUCCUGAGUGUUGUUUCCAAACAAAGAGACCAAAGCUCCACGCCCAGGUCCAGAGGCCCCAUAGAAGCCAGCAAGAAUCAUCAAGAAGAAGGUGUUCUGUUGGUAUCAGGAUGUGAUGGCCCAGAUUGCCAUUAGAGUGUCCAGGACUGCCUUGCUGACUUAGACCUAAGCGUCCAUCUCCAACUUCUCUGCAAGCAGCAUUGGAUUCAGGGUGUAUGAAGACAAAGGGGUGGGAGUCGGGGAGGCAGGAGAGGAACAAACUCCUCUUCCCACUUUUCGAGGGAUCAGGAGUCCUGGCUAUGAAGCUGGGAAGCUGGACCAGCUCCCCUGAGAGAAACUGGACCAGGGUCAUUUCCUCUGUAAUUAACUCUAGGCCCCAGCUUCUCUGUGCCCUGCUUUAACUUCAAGUGAUUCCAAUUUCCAAAGGCUCUGCUGACCACAUGUGAUUCCCAGGAAAGGGCUAGAGGAGGGGGGCGCUGAGGGCUGGCUUCCAUCCUUGGCGUGUGGCUUUGGAUCACUGUCUAACCACACAGCAGACGUCGCCUGGUCCCCUCAGCUCCAGUUUCUUGCCUGAAUGCAGCUGACAAAUGGGAAGAGAAAAGCAUUCAGCAAAAUACUCAGGAAACUUGCUGUUUUCAUUAUAAUUCACAACCAGCCAUGCCAAGGCCACUUUCUUCUGAUAAUCCACUUCUGUUAAAGUUUCUCAGGCCCUAUUAAUAGCCUGAAAGAAAUACUAAUGACUGGCCUUCCGCACUAAGCCAAAGUGUUUGCUCUUCAUAGUGCCCAAAGCUUAUCAGUGCAGAGCCCAUAAUUUAUGGAGAUGAAAGGAGAAGAGAUAUGGACAAGAAAAACAUGAACAGGAGACUUUGUGCUACCCAUAAAAAAUUCCAGCCCACCCCAUUUCACUCCUGAGCUCCAUUUGAAAGAAAGGUUUCUAGUUACACCACUGCUCAGACUGGCAUCCAGGCUUUGUUCCACUGAAAAGUGAAAGGAAGUCAGACGUCUCAGCAGCAUCACCACAAGCCCCUUACCUCUAUGCAUCUACCUGGCGUCUCCCAGCAGCUACUUUUGGUGACCAUUCACUGCCCCCAGAAUGCUUCCUUGAAGAUUUGUGAAGAGUGUGGAGAAUGAUGGGGGGAUGCCCAAUUGGAGAGUGCAGAGGAAAGAGCCAGAAUUGGAUGCGAGUGGUUUGGCCACAUUUCUCAGGAUCCCAUGACAGAGUUGACGAAUUUGGACUGGCAAAGGAAGUAGUAGCACAGGGGAAUCCUUAAAGAAGCAAUCAAGAAAAAGGAAAACUGAGUUGGACUCCAGCCAGACCCUGAGGGUGGAAGGUUCUAGAGCCUACCCCCUUUCCAGCCGUCCACCUGUCCUUCCUCCACACCUCUUGGCUUUAGGCCACCAGGAACCAAUGGAACCCACACCCUAUGGAAUGGGGAGGAGAGGGAGUUGGCCUCUCUCCUCCCUGUUAUCCAAUGUGAGGAUAUUUUGACCUGUGGAAGGAAGAAAUAUUAAAGCUACAGUCCCUUCCCACAUGAAGCCAUUCAUCUUGUCGAGAGGCAGAGAAGGAAGUCUUUCUGCAAAGUCUAUUUAUCUUUGCUUCAUUUUAUUGCCUGCACAAGAGACAAUGCUCUGGAAAAGGAAAGGGACCUCAGAAGGGUGUUUGGCAAGACAGAAGAUGCUAGUGUACACGAUGGAGAACACAUUCCUCCUGCUGGCCUCUGCUGCUGCGUCCCACCCUCUGCAUGGGUCAGGUGCUUCUGUGUUUGCCAUCCUACCUCUCUCCUCAGCACAACUCACAAAACCAUUUCUGAUCCACCGCUGGCAGAGAACUCCCCUCUUUACAGAGUUCAGUCAUUAUAAGCAUGGAUCCACUGUUAACCCCGCUGGAGGAGGGAACGGUUUCCUGCAUUCAUUCAUUUGGGGAAACUUCUUGAGCCAGGCACUGCUCUAGGCACAAGAAAACAUCAGUGAACAAGAUCAGAAAGGUCUUUUUUCUAGCAAAUUUACAUUCUUCAGGCUACUGGUUCUCCUCCCCCACUGGCAGAGGGCCCUGCAAAGGCAGAAAGUGGACCAACCCAGCUGCCUUACCUUAUUCUGGGGACAGUCCCCUGGCAAUGAGAGCCGCUCUUAUUUCCACUGCCACUGUCUCUUCUGGCGGCACUUUGCCUGCUGCUUGAGCUCCUGACCUUCCUUCAAUUCCACCAAAUGAGGACAAGAAAUAGCAGUCAAGACCCCUGGCCCUGCUGAGCAUGAAACAGAAGCAGUGGAUGGGUGUGCUAGACGAAAAAUGGUCUGGACAGAAUAAAUAGGGCACGUUUGAAAGCCUCUAGCUGAUAAAUCUCCAAAUGCAUCCCAGUUGCCACACCGGACCCCAUUAACCUGCAGCUGGUAAAUACUGAGCUGGCAGCUGCUCUGGGAGAGGCUGUUUUUCCUAGCCACACUGUGUCAUGCCUGAGACUCCUGGGGCCUGGACACAGACAGGAAAGAGCUGAGAUUCAAGGGGCCCAGUGGAAAAUGCAAAGUGGCCUCAUAGACACGGUGCUGUGGGAGCAGAUCUCAUGAGGGUACUUGGGAGAUGAAGUCCAGGACCUUCCAACACCUUGUCUCAGGAACGUGCUUUGAGAAAAUGGUGGCAUCCUUUCCAUAACCUAGUCUUUCUUCCCUGUCUCCUUCCUUCCUCCUAGUUUCCCCAGAGUGUGAAGUUUUAGCAUCUGGGGCUCAGUGAGUCCCAUGAAUUAAGAAUAAAGUUUCACUCUUAGUAUGUUCUAACUAGUCCUGAGGAAAGUCCUAAGAGACAUUUAAGACCACAGCUAGUCAGACAGGGCCUCAACCCAAUACGCAAACUGGAAAUUCCUUGGCCUUUCACGACACCCACCUCUCACGCUUCUCACCACAGAGAACCUCUCCCUUCAGACUGAGAUGGGUCGUUUUCUGCUGUGGUGCAGACUGCUUCCUCUUGCCCUAGCCUCAAAGAAGGUGGGAAGCGUCUUCUGCACUUCAGUCAAAGUCAGAGUCUUCACUUUGACCUAUCUGAGCUCCAUGUCAAAGGUGGAGGGCAUCAUGGAAACAGAAUAGAUGUUGUGUGUGUAGGGGAAGAAGGGAUAAGCUCUCGAUAUUGUGAGAUGAGGAGUCUGAGCCCACCUCCUUUCCCCACAACCUCUCCUCCUCAAACCCACUCCUCUUGACACACUGGAAUCUGUACUAUAUAUAUAUUUUUAAGGAAAUACAAUGAUGGUUGUCUGGUUUUGUUGUUUUUACAGGUGUUGUGGAAUAAAAACUGUAAGAAAAUUAAGUAUUUAAAAUGUUCCAAUAAAAUGGGAUUUUUUUUGUUAUUCUAAUAUAUUAUUGUGUACCUAUUGUAAAUAUAUGAAACACUCCUAUUUUGCAAGCCGAGGACACAAUUUGUACUGUUGUUAUAUAUAAAUAAAGUUUACUGAAUAAAAAAAAACAAACAAUUCUUCAAAUAA